AUGCACUGGCGCGCGGAUUUGACUACCCCAUCGUGCGGCUGCGCCGAAGGCCCGCGGGGCAGCAGUGUAAACUCGCCCUUGGAAUGGCAAAGCGGCCGGGGCCUCGUGCUAUUUAGCUCUCUCCUCUGUUUCCCCCACGCCCUUCUUCUAUUGCGGCUCUCCUCCCUUUCGCCUUCCUGUUCCUUCUGCCUGCUGACGGCUCGGUUUCUCCUCCUCUUCGGCACCAGCGACGGUCUUGUCGAGCUCCCGUCGAUGGAGGCGACGGAUUCGGUUGCUGUGAUGGAGGUGGCGCCGGUGCCGGACCCGCUAUUCACCGGCGCCACUCCCGCAACGCCGCCCCCGGAGGCGGCGGAGCUUGUGCUGCGGCGCAGCGCUCGGUGCCUCAACAGGCCACGCCCCGCCACCUACGCGGAGCGAGAGGAGCCCAAGGAGUCCACCGCCCGCCGGGCCCGCCCUAAGAAGAAGAGGGACGAGGAGAACCACGACCCGGUGGCGCAGGUUCCUGUGAAGCCGGCUAGGAAGAGUGCCAAGGUCGAGGCCACGGAAAGGAAGCCGGUGCCUGUCACGGAACCGAUUUCUUGUCCUGAUUUCGCCGGAGCUGCUGAGGAGGACGAUGCGACAGGCAAUGGAAAGAGUGCCAAGCUGCGGGUGAAAGAAACCUUGCGGGCAUUCAACAGCCACUAUCUCCACCUUGUCCAGGAAGAGCAGAACAGAGCACAGGCGGUGAUACAGGAGAUUGCGGCCAAGGAAAAUGCCAAAAAGAAGGGUGGCAAGAAAGACAGUGAGGACGAGAAGAAAGAGAAACGCCCUUCGAAGCGGCCUGACUUGAAAGCAAUUACAAAGAUGCAAGAAAGCAAUUCCGUGCUUUAUCCGGAGAAAAGGAUAGGACAUCUACCAGGGAUUGACGUUGGGGAUCAAUUUUAUUCUCGUGCGGAGAUGGUCGUGUUGGGCAUUCAUAGCCAUUGGCUGAAUGGAAUUGACUACAUGGGAAUGAAAUACCGAGAAAAGAAGGAGUAUGAGAACUUAACUUUCCCAUUGGCAACUUGCAUUGUCAUGUCGGGGAUAUAUGAAGAUGAUCUGGAUAAGGCUGAUGAAAUUAUUUAUACCGGCCAAGGAGGAAAUGAUUUACUUGGUAACCAUCGCCAAAUUGGUUCUCAACUAUUGCAACGUGGGAAUUUGGCAUUGAAGAAUAGCAAGGAUAAUGGUAAUCCCGUACGAGUUAUUCGAGGUCAUACAGCAAAGAAUAGCUACACAGGCAAAGUCUACACCUAUGAUGGCCUGUACAAGGUUGUAGAUGACUGGGUGCAGAAUGGAGUGCAGGGACAUGUCGUUUUCAAAUAUAAAUUGAAGAGAAUUGAGGGACAACCGUCAUUGACAACCUCUGAGGUGCGGUUUACUCGUGCAGAAGCCCCCAGAACAAUUUCUGAAUUACCUGGGUUGGUUUGUGAUGACAUCUCGGGCGGGCAGGAGAACAUUCCGAUUCCUGCUACUAAUUUGGUUGACGAUCCACCUGUUGCUCCACCUGAUUUCGUGUACAUCAAAUCUCUAAAAAUUUCGAAGGGCAUCAAGAUUCCUUCAAGUUGUGCUGGCUGCAAUUGUGAAGGAGAUUGCGCUAGCAACUCAAAUUGUGCAUGUGCUCAACGCAAUGGUUCUGAUCUACCUUAUGUAUCAUUCAAAAAUGUUGGCAGGUUGGUGGAGCCCAAAGCAAUUGUAUUUGAAUGCGGGGCUAACUGCAGCUGUAACCGCAAUUGCGUAAACAGGACAUCUCAGCAAGGUUUGCAGCAUCGCCUUGAGGUGUUUAAGACGGCUUCAAAAGGAUGGGGUGUUCGGACUUGGGACACAAUCCUUCCCGGAGCCCCUAUCUGCGAGUACGUUGGUGUGUUGAGGAGGACUGAAGAAGUAUCUGGCUUGCUGCAGAACAACUACAUAUUUGACAUCGAUUGUCUUCAGACUAUGAAGGGUCUGGAUGGACGAGAGAAAAGAGCUGGGUCCGAGAUGCAUCUGCCAUCUCUUCACACUGAGAAUGACUCCGAGGCACCGCCUGCACCGGAGUACUGCAUAGAUGCUGGCUCCAUUGGAAAUUUUGCAAGGUUCAUAAACCACAGUUGUAACCCCAACCUGUUUGUCCAGUGCGUCUUGAGCUCACACAAUGAGGUUAAGUUGGCCAAAGUGAUGCUAUUUGCCGCGGACACGAUACUCCCUCUUCAGGAGCUUUCGUAUGAUUAUGGGUAUGUAUUGGAUAGUGUGGUUGGAGAGGAUGGCAACACUAUCCAAUUACCUUGCUGCUGUGGUGCUCCCGAUUGCCGGAAACGUCUUUACUAGUUUGCAGCUGUGCUCUAGUAUAGGAGUAUGGAUGCAGCCAUGGUAGCUGUGUAUAUGACAAGCUGGACAUGUUAUGAUUGUUAGCAAAAGAAGAGCAUUUUGUUCUGCGUAGUGUAGAUGGCAAGCUGGUUAUGCUAUCAUAUUAGCUCAAGUGCUCUUGUUUUCUUUGGAUGACAUGCCGGACAUGAUAUUUUGUGAACAAUGAGUCCAUAUAAGCAAUGGAACAUUUGAUCAAUCAUUGGAAGUUUUA